UUCAAACCGAGUCAGUCAUUAGUGCGAGUAUGUUGUAAUUUUGAAAGUUGCUACAUUUGUUUUAAUAUCUAAUAAUUUAAACUGAGUAUCAAAGUCGAAAAAUCACAUUUUAGUGUCACAAUUGUUGAUAACAUGUGAAUUUACGAUACAUAUUCUGCAAUUAAAUCCAGAUUUCCUAAACCGUCAGAAAGAAAUAUAACCCCAGCAACAAAGCCUAGGAAAGUCUAGAAUUGAGUCGCUAGCGGAGGAAUCUGGUGGAGGCACUUCCGUCGAUCGUAGGCGUAUUCCUGGCGCUGCGUGUCCAAAUAAAAAACUUUCUGACUACCGAAUCAAACCCUAUGCCAGAGCGAGAUUCAUCAAUACACCAUAAAACCUGAUUCGAAGGCCCAGCAAUUGCGACGGAGAACCUUUAGGGCUAAAGCGAUCGCGCAAAUUGUGGUGAGGUGUAAAGUAUUGGUGGUAGUUCAGGAAAGUACCAGCGCAGGAAAAACAUACAGCCGUUUCGAACAAGGGAGGUGCCCUUGAUAGAAGCUUCAUACGGAAAGAAAAGUGGAUUAGCAACAACACAGUAGCAGAUACGCCAUUGUUUUUUCGUUCCGAAUUUUGCUGGAAACUUUAAAGUUCGUGUAUUCGUGCAAAGCGUGAUUUUCCCGUGAAAAGUGCCCGCUGGAGGAACACUGACUCUGGGCUCGGUCGCUCUUUAGGGUCAGCCGUUUGUCUUCGUUGGCCAGAAGUCGUGGGCGAAUUAGUCUUUUUUCUUAGACGAGGAAAAAAAAUCGACAGUGAACAAAAAUGAUGACGCAGUUUUUGUUUUGAUCAAUUUCAUCUUUUUUCGCUGCCCUUUUCAUCGAAACAACAGUGAAAAAUAUGACUAUUGGGUACACAGUAACACAGAAAGCCGCAACAAAACAUGUCAGCCGAUUCGCAGCGACGAUCAGCGCCCAGCUCUACAGCUGCGCGCUGUAUGCCGGCGAUCGUGCCCCCGCAGGCCGUUAGUGAUCGAUCGAUUAUCGACAGUGUCGCCGGGUUCAUAAACGAUGUAACACUUCAAACUCAAACGCCGCAGGGUGAUGGAAAGGAUCACAUAAUCUGGGCCCGUUUUGAAACUGUAGCCGACAUCAGUGAUCCCUGCCUUGGAGAUGACUGGGAACUCGAGGGAGGCGUGGCACCGCCACUCCUUCUGAUACUGGGUUACGUCAAUGGAAUUCAGGCAUGGAUCAUCCCGGCAAAUGGGGAAGCGAUUGAGGUACUUUCGUGGCGUCAUGGUAGUGUGAAAUGCCUUCGGGUUCUUCCAACUCCUACAGGCGGAGAUGGGGAAUCGGCCUCCGAGCCUACAGAUCAGUACGUACACAAACGUCCACUCAUAGCAUUGUGUGACUCGGCAAGCACUGGCAUAAUAGGGAACGGGGGCAAUUCUUUAACGGGCGGUUCAGGUCAGUUCUGCUCGAUCAAUUUCAUAUCACUGAAGGAUGGAGAGAACGUAAAGAGCAUCAAAUUCAAAAACCCGAUAGUGGACAUACUAGCAAACCGAUCUUCGGUUGUGGUAACUUUCACGGAACGGAUUGCAGUUUUCGAUGCACGUACACUCGAAGACCGACUUACCGUAACUACGUGCCAUCCUAGCCCGGGUUUGAAUCCUAAUCCGGUGGCCCUCGGACCGCGUUGGAUUGCAUAUGCCGAGAAAAAGUUGCUACCAUCCAAAAGGUCCAGCGGAGGUUGUGAUGGGGAUGGCGUUACUAGCUACACAGCGACAGUGUUGAACGCUGCAAAGAGUUUGGGCAAAGGGCUCCGAGAACUUGGCGAACAGAUGGCCGCAGGUUUGACAGGAAGUCAUUCCGGUCCUAGCUCUGUUAGUGGGCUAGUGAGUGGUUCUGGCAGCGGAAUGACAAGCGAAGGCAAUCAGCCAGGCAUUGUUACUAUUCUGGAUAUCAAGUAUCCAAUUAAAGAUGUAAGCCCAACUACUGGCACGCCGGUAUCUAGCGCUGGUAAUGACCCUAUAAUCGCGCAUUUUGUGGCUCAUUCGGAGGCUCUGGUCGCACUGCAGUUUGAUACAUCUGGUAUGUUACUGCUAACGGCAGAUAAGCGUGGGCAUGACUUCCACGUCUUCCGAAUUCAUCCACACCCCAGUGGCCCCUCUUUAGCGGCAGUACAUCACCUCUACAUAUUGCAUCGAGGAGACACGACGGCUAAAGUGCAGGACAUUGCAUUCUCCCUAGACUCUCGGUGGGUUGCAAUUUCAACAUUGCGCGGAACAACUCACGUUUUCCCCGUAACUCCGUAUGGAGGACCGGCUGGAGUUCGUACCCAUGGGUCUCCCCAUGUUGUAAAUAGACUAUCCAGAUUUCAUCGCUCUGCGGGACUGUCGAUCGACGGUAGGUCGAGCAGUCCUUUAUCGCACUUGGAACAUCCGGCAUCCCACACACCCACGUCCGCAUUUGCCAAUCCCCGGAUUCCCCCAUUCCCGCACCCAACCACUGUUCAGCCCCUAGCACAACUACGCCAGCCAACCAGUCUCGACACCCAAACGACCAAUCCAACUAAUACGAAAAGCUCCAGCACCGGUGGACGCCAGAGAAACUCUUCCUCCUCUUCUGAAGAUCACAUUAAACCGCUACGAGUGUGUGCCACUUUUGCCAAAGCACGAUCUUGGCUUUUGGACCCUCCAGGCUCUACAAGGGACACUCCCGCUCAUCGCAUCCAUCGAAAACCGGUUGAUUCUCUAUUCAUCAUUGCAGCGCAUGGAGCACUGAUACAAUACGAUCUGGACCCAAAGCAUGCAACCAAUAUUCCCAAAGAAAAAGUUUGUGAUGACACCUCGAUCGAGUUGGAAGUGGAGGCCAAGGCACAGUGGAUUUUGCAGCGCCAAGAAUCCCCUUCAGUAAACGAUAUACAACCACCGUUGCCACUAGACAACUGGCUGAUAAAAGAUCGGUUCUUGGAGGAGGGCUCCGGCGAUGUUGCUAGUGACUAUGGAAGCUUCGAUCACCACCGUUCAAUGCCUGGUGCAGGUGAUCAUCGCGGUAGCACUAGCAGUAUCGAUCAUGAUGAUCGUUGGCUUUCUCAGGUCGAGAUCAUUACUCACGCAGGUCCACAUCGUAGGCUCUGGAUGGGUCCGCAAUUCGUGUUCAAGACUUACCACACACCGAGCGGAUCACCUUUAACAUCGAUCGAUACCGAAUCGGUUGAAAUAGGAACUGGCACUGCUGGCGGCCGUCCAGUUCGUUCUAAUCCGGUGAAUAUGCCCGUUUCUGGAGGUAUGAGGCCCUUGGUUCCUGUACUCAUUGAAUCUGGAUCAUGUAGCAGCUUUGAACAGAGUCCUCGGUUACUGAACAUGGCUGAGUUCCGUCACCAUGAGAAUCUAGACACAGAGUUCUCAUCAUUGGGACCGGUCGAGUCCCAGCUAAGGGAGGAUCUUGCAGACGCCAUGCGUGAGUCACCGCUCAUCUCAGGACGGGAUACAACAGAAGGAUACGCGAGCUCUACUCACAUUCCCGCAGGGUUAUCAUCGGUGUCCUCUUGCUCCUCGACUUCGAUAUAUUCGUCGACCCACUCCUUGAACUCGAUAUGCGAUCACAAGAAUCCGGCCGCUCUUGGAUCACAAACGGUCGUCCACGCGACGCAGCAUCAUCACCAUGGAGGAAUUACAAUUCGACACCAUCAAAUCCAGGACCAGCAGCAGCACUCGUCAUCUCUACCAGCCAACUGCUCGCGGCCUGCAUCGGCGGCAAGUAGCCGCACUUCUGGAUCCAUUACCAUAGCAAAGGUUGUCAAUCCCCUUGGGACUGUCACGACAAUAAGUAAUGUGGCAUCAGAAGACGCGAAUCAAUCGGCUGAAAAUCGUACAGCGCAGGAUUGCGAAGUAUAUAUGCAUGAAAAUUGCGAUGAAGCACUGUUUCGACCAGUGGUAACCGUUUGUGGCACCCCGGGAGAAGAACGCGAUCGACGUGGCUCGUCACUGGACCGCAUCACAUCUGGCUGUGACGAAGAACCGGCUGUUCUAAUGAGCCGCGAGUUGAUUGUUCCGGUUAUUGAAGAAAAGAACAUGGUUUUAUUCAGUAAACCUAAAAAAAGAGAUGACGAAAACGUUUCCAGAUUCGAGCAACUUUCAACUAUCAACAAAAAAAGUAAAAAAGAUAAACCCGAAAUGAUUGAAACGGUUCCCGUAGCCACCGACCGGAAGAUGACCGAAGAUUUUGUAAACGUUGAAGUUGUCGAACAAAAAACAGAAGUUUCGAAAUAUAACAACGGGAGUAAAAAGAAAGAAAAGACUCCGCCCGUUUCAGCGCGUAACGAUCGGAAGAAAAAGUUAGAACCAGAACCUAUCGAAAUCAUCGAGAUAGUCGAUCCCAUAGCAGAGCUGGAACCAGUGGGAAAGGCAUCACAACGCAACAAUAAGAAGAAAGAGAAUGGCAAGCGAAAGGAGGAUAACAAACAGCAGCAGCAAGUUAAAGCGAAAUCUCCACCCGCAGAGACAAAACCGACGAAGAAUAGCAACGUUAACAGCAAUAAUGGCAACUCCACAGGCAAUACCAGGAAAGAGUCUAAACAAGACAAUCGAAAACGUAAAGAAAAAAAUCAGGCUCAGUCAGAGAAUGUUACAAUACAACCGAAUGUCUCCAGAGCUUCGUCGGUGGAAAUGAAAGUUAUUUUACCGGAACAGGAAAUAACUGAAAAAACAGUGCAAUUCCAAAUGCCAGAAGACGAAGAAAUGUUGAAGUCGAUCUGCGAUGAAUUUCCUCCAUUGGAAGCUUUAAAAAUUGACGAUUUAGAGCUAUUUGGUGAAGCGAAUGACCCCGAAAACAUGAAAAUUAUCAAAUCAGAAGGUAGCAUCCAGGAAUCUUUAACGGUUUCCAAUGUGAUGGAAAGUGAUAUAACGCGUACGGAACUACGUUGUUGUGAUGACAUUAAUGUUGAAUUAGAAGAAGGAAUUUCCGUUGAAGAAAGUCAAAGUGUAGUUGAAGAAGAUACAGGAGAAGUGAAAAUGGAAGUGUCUAUGAAAAAGUGUGCAAAUGAGGAGGAAUUCUACGAAUUAACGUCCAAAUACGAAUUAGAGUUUCCUGAUCCUCUUCCACCGUUGGAACCGUUCGAGUGUGAAGAAUUUGAAGCUUCGAUGUUGGAUGAAAAAAAGAUUAACAUCCAGAAGCCAACAAGCGAAAACCAGACCUUAAUUAACUUUGAGAGUCCGGUUCAAGAACAAGCUAAACCGGUGAAGAAGUCGAUUUUUGAUGACAAGAACAUAGUGUUUGCUAUGUGUUCGAGCUUGCGUGAAGGUACGCUCGAAGUGCCAACGUCUCAGCAACAAAGCGGUAGCAGAAGUCUGUCAACUUCAAUGUUACAGUCUGAUGCCAAAAACCUAAAGCAGCAGAAUUCAGUGGAUGGUCAGGAUUCCGAUUACAAAAGCCUGGAAUUGGAAGUGGAUGAUAGUGCAAUGUACACUUCCCAAAUGCCCACAUCAUCAGCCUCUGAUGAAGAGAAUUCCAACUCGAACAAUGACGACCAUGAUCAUCGAACGACGAAGAAGCCAUCCACCGAAGAUGAAGAUGAAGAGUUGCAACCACUGAUCUCGAGCAAUAAAACUUCGUCCUCUUCGCUAUCGGCUACGGCUUUAAAUACCGUAGCCGGUAGCGGACCGAUCGACAGUCUUAACAGCUCCAUGACCGCUUCCGGCAUUGUGGCAGUAGUCGGGAGCCCUGCCAAGACACCAACAAUAAAACCAACACUGCCAACAACUGAAGCAAACCAAAGUGAUGACAACAGUGACAGGCAGAGCACGGCAACUUCGGCAGUUGGAACGAACGCAUCGUCCAAGACAGUCAGCAUCCAGAGUAAUAACAGCAACAGCAGCAAUGGCGGAAACGGAAACGGCAAAAAGAAAUCUAAAAAAAAGCGCAAAUAAUUGGCGGCUCAGCAAAUGAUGCUCCUAGUGAUCACCGCUAGGGUGGUAGUGGCGCUGAUCCUGGCAUCAUUGCUGGCUCUACUCGCGCUGUCUUAUCUGCUGGUAGUGCAGUGUUGCUACGCGCUUAUGCUAUAUUUAUUGUAUUAUUUUUAACUAGCAGUCUUUCAAUGUGUUUUCCUUAGUUUACUGCGAAAGGACCGCAUCAUGUCCCGGAUAUCAUAAGACGAACCUUUCCUUUGUUAUAAAUUAUUGUAAAGUUUAGUACCGAUGUAUAAUCAAAUCAAAAGUAGACCCACAAGUUGCGGACAGUAAAGUCACAUACUAAACGAUGAACAGUUAGAAAUUUAACAAAAUUUUUUUUUUAAUUUAGAAAGGUAGCGAAAAUCGCCACGAUAUAUUUUUUUAAUUUCUGGCAGCCUACAAGUAAAACAACGGAUCGUUCAAAUAACAUGAAUUUCUAUUGAAGAAAUAUACAGAAUUUAUUUUGAGGAAUUAUUUAGAUUGCUGAAUAAAUUUCAGCAUCAAGUUUCAAAAAUAUUUCUAUUAUUUAUGAAUAAACUCUACUUAAUUUGCGAUUUAUCAAGGUUCGACGGUUACGUUCUUUACUUUAUAAGAAAAAUUGAAAGUUUUCAAUUUAUUGUGGAAGUUAGAGAAAGCUCUAUUGAUUUUUUUAAACAGGAAUAUAAAACAUUGUAUGUAACAAGUUUAUCUCAUUGUAGCUACUUUCCGCGAAUAAACCGAUUUCUGCUAUCAAUUAUUUUUUUUAACUUAAGAAUUAUGACAUAAAUAAAUUCAGAUAAGACGAAGGUUUUCGUGCCAUAGUUGAUUGUGAUUUUUUGCAACGUCUACAACAACAACAACGUAUAGUUGCACUUCAAAAAAUGAUUGAAAAACCAUUUUUAUUCGAAAUUCAGUUUUCAUUUAUGCCUAUUUGAGCACAAUUUUAAAAUUUAUUAUUGUUUAUGGAUUGUAGCUAUGGCAAAACUCUGACCGUACACUUAAAAUUCAUUCUUCUCUACUUGUCCGUAGAUAAACCCUCGAGAAAAAGUAUUUCUAUAUGUAUGAAAGGGUCAUGCAAAUUACAUCGUUAGUGUUAGCACAGACAAUUUUUUCGCGCAAAUUAACCUCUUCGUCAAAUGAUAUUCGAAAUGCUAUAAAAAUCAACAUAACAAAAUUCUUUUCACAAAAAUUCUUAAUUUCUUUUUAAAAUCAGAUACGUUUACAACUGCUUGAAAAAAUGAAAACAUAUUUGUUAAAGCUUCAAAAACAUAUGUUAACGAAAUAGAACAUAAACCUUCAACUAGAAUUAUAUUUUUGUUGAUACAUUUUUAGUCACAUUUCAAGUAUUUUUAUAUACAUGAAAACAAACAUCGUUCAAAUCGCAUAGACUUAUAAGGGCAUUGUUAUAAAAUCGGAAAACGCGAAUCUUUUCUGUUUGCCAGGUGAAUAACGAACAUUGACUAUUAUUACCAACAGCUGUAUCAAAAGCACAUAAGGCCGGAACAAAUUUCAAAUCCUUCUUUUGUCACUCGGAGUUGGGGCAUCGCGAGGGGGGGGGGGACAAUAAAAAAUAAUGCGAAAAACAAAUAAAUUGGAAUAAAUUGCACGGAAGCUUGUAUGCAACAAAAUUUUAUAUUAUAUUGUUGCACAAAACCUAUAAAUCAAGUAAUUUUUUAUCGAAUAAUUCAAUGAAAUCAAGAAAACAAAACGUGAAAUAACUCCCAUCUUCUUAAAAUUAAUUUUUAGUCUUGUAAACUUUCAGAUAUUGGAAUUUUUAAAAGGAAUUUACAUAAAUUACUUCAAACUUUAUUUAUUUCCCCCUUCAAGUUUUUGGAAAUUUCGAAGGGGGGGGGGGGUGACAAAAGAAGAAAUUGAUAUUUGUUCCAGCCUAAAUUAUUUAGAUAUUUUUUCGUUCGAUCUUUCGGAAGUUUAUUAUAAUUUAACAUCGGAAAAUUACUGUUUGUAGAUGAAUUCAGAGUAAGUAAUAAAUCGAAACAAAAAUAAAUUACUGUUAAAAGCAUUCAAUAUAAGUUAGGGUAAAAUAUGGUAAACCCGAUUGAGAGCUCAAACGACUGAAAAAUAAGAAAAUCCGGAAAAAAAGAAGUAUAAUAUUAUAUAAUAUAGAAAAAGUCUAGUGCUAUAUAUAAACAUAUAUUUUUCGAAAAGAAAAUUCCCGCGAUUAUUAUAAAAUGAUUGUUUAACUAAUUACUAGCGUUUUCCAUCGAUAGGAAACAUGUUUCAUCAACAGUCAAUCAACUCCAUGUAGAAUUCAUUCGAUUCACUUUUCAACAAUUUAGAAUGUUUUCGAACCAAUCGGAAGUGAUGAAAUUCAUUGUUGUUUAUAUAUAAUCGAAACACUUCUCCAAAUAUAAAACACGUCUAUUUAUAGUUCACGAACGAUAUUCACCAUACGAAGGCUCGACCUGUUUAGUCAAAUCUUAGCCUAACGCAACGAUCCGAUUCAAUGUUUUCGAAAAAAAUCUAGAAAAGAUCAACGUUUCAAGCUGUCAUGAAAGCUUCAGAUAUGAAAAAUUGAGAACAGCAUAUUCAAUUGAAUCUUUCAUCAAAUACUUAUUUGCUAAUGAUCUAACGUCAAACUUCUAUUUUGUACUAAACAUGCGCGCGAUUCAAACGAAGAACCAUAUUCCGCAUCAAUCGAAAUUAUAUUGCUUUUGAUCGCAUCUUUUUCUGAUUUUUGAAUUUGCACAAAUUGUUUUACAAGAAAAUAAUUACUCAUAAUAUAACAUCCACAUCAAACUCUAGGCUUAUUAAACAUCCACAUUUCAGAAGACAAAAACAACACCAACAUUGAGAUCAAAGACUACUAACAUGUUUCGAAAAGUUUAAGUUUUUAAUUACGAAAGUUAAAAACCAUACCAUCUUGUAAAGUGUUAACAAUUGAUUAUAGCAUGAAAAAUAUUAAAAACUAAGUAACGUAACGCCCCUGAUCCCAAAUUAUUGCGGGGAUUUAGCGCACUGCUCUUCUCUCAAGAUCUCCUUUUUAGAAAUGUUAUUAUUUAGUUCUACGUUGAUUCAAACGGAAAACCUUUUCAAAAUGUAUGGUUUCCAGUUCAAAAUGCAAAAACAGAAUGUUUACGAUCUAAGGUUACGAGCUUUCACGCUCUUCAUAAGUCACAAAUGAGGGAUCUCAAGCGUGAAUUUUUCACCAAACAUUGCCGUUAACGUAAACCAAACAAUUUGGCUGAAGCUUUUUCGAAAAUUUUGAUCCCAUCGACCAUACAGCGAAAAAAAAGUUGUUUAACGAAUCCGUACUAGAGUAGCAGUUAAUGCCAAUAGGAGAUUGUUGGCAAACCGGAAGCACGUUUAAAAAAUAUGUUUGAAAAUGAAAUAAAACAUUAUUCCUUACCCCUAAAAAACCAACCGUCGGCAAAUGAAUAACAACUUCCUGCUUAAAAAUCGAUCAUUGCAAAUAAAAAAUCUGACUUAAAAGAAAGCUACCCAGGCUACCUAUUAAACAAACACUCACAAAAUCAAUCAGAACGCUAGGUACCGUGAUAAGCGUAACUAAAAUACUAAACUUGGCGACCACGCUUGAAGCUUACUUACAACACAACUGAACAGAAAAUACGAGAAUGCAACUAGAAAAUAUGGAAAAAGGCUAGCGAUAAAAGAACGAAACAAGAAAAAAAAAGAUUCAAAAAUAUUACCAAAACAAAGAAAACAAACAAAAAAGCAAAAAAUGAACAAAGCAAAUUAAAAAAAAAAGAAAUGUGAUUAUUUGUAUAUUUAUCAAUGAAUGGUUGCAGAGAUGAGAGAAAUACUAAACAAAUAAGUAGUAAAACUAAGGUUAAAUUAAUUUAUAUUAUUGUAAGUUGAUGCUGGAAGAUGCAUAGAAAACUUUAAAAAAGAGAGAAAAAAAUUAUGGAAAAAGCAAAAAACUCAGAAUAAAAAAAGGAAAAUUUAAAAAUCCAAAAACUAUUUUUUUAUUUUAGUUUUGGCGUAGUUUUGUUAAAUAAUUACGAACAGAAUUUGUAGUGGGAUCUCGUUAAUCACUGUCAAAACUGUUAUGUUACUUUGGAACACUGAAAAACAAUUUGGCUUCAUUUUUUUUUUUUUUUCAAAAUUACAGUUUAAUUAACACUGAAAGACCUGACUUCGCCCUGUUUUAGUUGCACUUAUGUCUGAGUUCAGAGAAAAGUCAUAAAGCCACAUUUCACACCUUCCAUCUCAGGAAGUA